UCAAACAACACCACAGACAGACACAGACAACCGUGAACAUGACUUGAUUCGCUCCCGAGGCUACCUAUUUGAUUAAACUAUCUGCAAGAUGCCGAGAAUAUGGAAAGGCACACUGAACUCGAGGCAGAAUCGGAACUUUACAUUGUUGGACUCCGCUGCAAGUGUAAGUAAGCAUGGGUGCUAGUUUUGCCCGAAGUGGAAGCUGGAACGGGGUAUUGACCCGACUCCAGCCUCGAGAAGCAUCAUGACUCACCGCCGCAAGGCGUCGUGGAUGGCGACAUUGAACCUGCAAGUCCGUUCCAUAAAAGCACGUAUACGGUAGACAGAUCGUAUAGACGUGUAUUUGCAAAACAAGAGCUUUAAAGUGAGAGCGACAAGCCAUUUCCCUCAUUUCGUUCGACUCGCGGCCUCUUUCACACUCUUGCCGUCUUAUCCAUCGCCAGCGAGAAACAGUGAUUUCCUAUAGACACAUUACAUAAACCUGUAUACAUCAUGGAGUUGCAAGGCGAGCCAGGGCCCAACGAGGCCGACUUGGUGCUCGUCCGAACCACGCUGCCCCGGCUCCCGCUGCCGCCCAACGCCGACCGGGCCGCCAUCGCCACGGACCGCCUCAUCCUGCGGCCGCUCAGCCCUGACGAUCUGGACGCCAUGCACGUCUUGCGCACGCAGCCCGAGGUCAUGGCGUGGACUUCGGCCAACCGCAUCGACCGCGACGUCGCCGAGACCCAGGAGCGCUUGGAUCCGUUCCUGCCGCCCAACGACUCGAAAACCUACAACUUUGCCAUCUGCCUGCGCGCCACGGGCGAGCUAAUCGGCGUCGGCGGCUGCCACAAGCUCGAAAACGCCUUUGGGUGGCCCGAGAUUGGCUACAUGUUCCGCCGCGAGCACUGGGGCAAGGGCCUGGCGACCGAGUUCCUCAACGCCUUUCUCGGCGCGUGGAGAGCCCUGCCGCGGGAAGAGGCCACGAUCCGGGUCGACCAGCGGUCGACGGUGACGACAGCUGCGGGUGGUAGUAGCAAUGCUGCGAGCUCCUCUUCCGGCGCCAAACUGCAGCAGGUUGAGGAACAGAUCUUCGCCAUCACGACGCAAAAAAACGUGCGCAGCCAGAACGUUAUGAAGAAGGCCGGCGCAGAGCACUUGCUCACUUGGAAAGCGCGCGAAAUUUACGACGAAAACAUCCUUGUCCUCUUGCCUACCUGUCGCUUUUUCCCCGGCAGGAUUGUUUCGCCGCAAUGAAUGGUUGGUUGUUUGUCGAGUUGCUUACUCUCUCACGCUUGGGAAAAGGGUCUAAGAUAGGUAGUGUUGAUAUGUGCGUUUUUGUGUCGACAGCCUUGCUCUAACCGUAAGGCAGAUAUUGUUGCGGUGAUCUUUCCUCCCUUCUUCCCUAUGCAUUAUCACCUCAGGUAGCCAAUGCACUUUAAUAGGUAGAUAUCAGAGUAAACAUCCAAGAAGAAAUAAAUUAGUGGCUAUCAUUCCCCGCCGUGUUUCUUUGUGUCUUCCGAUAUCUUACCUCCCCAUAUGCGUCUCAUGUCCGUGUAUCCUUAGCAGAUCUCCAUAGGCGACGAGACAUCUGACGUCAAUAUUCAUUCUCGU